AUGGCGGACGAGCUGCAAGUGACCGUCGUGUUCGGCAAGCUCUCGACGUCCGUGGCCGUGGCCCCGCAAGACCCGGAGGCUCUCGAGCACCUCAAGGCGGGCAUCUGCGACCAGUUCCAGCUCGAGCCCAAGUUCCAGCGCUUGGUGCUUCGCGGUCGCGACGUGAGCAGCUCCUCAGUGCUCACGGACGGCUGCAAGCUGCUACUGCUGCGCAAUCGCGCCUUCCACGAGCAACCCAGCGCUUCGAAGCGCAUCGAUGUGAACGAGCUGGAAGACGGUCUGCUACUGAUGCAGGUGUUCAGGGGCAAAAGCCGCUACGACGUCAUCUUCCCACGCUCCGGCAGCGUGCUAGACGUCAAGAAGAAGGUGAGUGCGGUGCUGGGGCUGAGCUCGCCCCAGGCCUUGAGGCUGGUGGUCAAGGGGAAGACCCCAACGGAUGAGACGGUGCUGGAGACGCUGGCAGGGACCAAGAGGGCGAUCAAGGCCAUGGCGCUGCUGCAGGCUCAGCAGCAUGUGAUGCAGGAGAAGGAGGAGGACCUGAGAGAGCUGCUCAAUGAGCUGGCCAGCGCCCAGGCGGCGCUGCAGCGCGUGCAGCGGCAAAUGGCGCGCAACUUUACGUCCAGAGACGAGAGUUUGUUCGAGCUCUCGAGGGUCCUGGACGAGGGCCAGCGCAUUGCUGGAAAUUUGGAGCUGGUGAAGCAGUAUUUGUGUGGGGCCAAGAAGACGGGCCCUCGUGCUAGUGACCAGACUCUGGCUGCUGUGACGCAGGCCAUUGAGAAAGCGAAUGCGCUGGCGGAAGCUGCUCAAGGAUUGCUAGAGACGCACUCGGCCUACUAA